AUGACUUUCACCUCGAACCUCAAAUCCAUCAACAGACACAAUGUCCACACCCUCCGCACAUCCCCGCUGGCAGAGCUCUCAGGAGCCCUGGGCGAUCUGGGCACCCUCCUGCCCCUGAUGAUUGCCAUGGCUUUGAAGGGCUCCAUCAACCUCUCCAGCACGCUCGUUUUCUCCGGCCUCACGAACGUCUUCACCGGCGUCUUCUUCGGAAUCCCCUUGCCCGUGCAACCCAUGAAAGCCAUCGCCGCCGUAGCCAUCAGCCAGAACUUCACGAGGGGCGAGACGGCUGCUGCGGGCUUGGUCAUGGGCGCUGCGGUCUUGGUCUUGAGCGCGACGGGUCUGCUGAGGUGGUUGCAUCGGGUCGUGCCCGUCGCGGUAGUCAAGGGAAUCCAAGUCGGAGCGGGUCUGAGUCUGGUGAUUUCGGCCGGCGCCAGUCUGAUCAAGCCUCUCGAUUGGAUUUCUCCGGCUUGGGAUAAUAGGCUCUGGGCGAUUGCGGCUUUCAUUUUUCUUGUCGUUGCCACUUUAGUACCGAGAAUUCCUUAUGCUCUGGUAGUAUUCAUCUUCGGAUUGAUCUUGGCGGGUACUGUGAUCCCCGGAUCGAAGCAUGAUGAGAAUCUCACGGCUGGGCUAUGGCAUCCCGAUGUUCUCGUUCCUUCCGGCAAGGACUGGAAAAUCGGAGCGAUUGAUGCGGCGAUCCCCCAGCUUCCGCUUACGACGUUGAACAGCAUUCUGGCCGUGACUUCGCUGUCCGCGAGUCUGUUCCCGAGCUUCCCGCCUACCCCGAGUAUGACUUCGGUCGGCUUCUCCGUCGCGAUAGCGAAUCUGAUCGCCUGCUGGUUCGGCGCGAUGCCCGUGUGUCACGGCUCCGGCGGUCUCGCGGGACAAUACCGCUUCGGGGCACGCAGCGGCUCGAGCAUCAUCGUUCUCGGACUCGUGAAAUUCCUCCUGGGGCUGUUCGUGGGCGAAGCCAUCAUCCCCCUCCUGCAGCGCUUCCCCAAGGCGCUCCUCGGCAUCAUGGUCCUCGCGGCAGGCGUGGAACUGAGUAAAGUGGGCCAGAGCGUCGGCGAGUCGCGCGAUCUCUGGGAGCAAGCCGAGGAGGACAACAACGAGGACGGCACCCCGUCGCAGAAAGCUCGUCAGGCUACGGAGCGAGAAAGUCGGGAUCGAUGGAUGGUGAUGUUGAUCACCGUCGCGGGCUGUCUGGCUUUCAAGAACGAUGCGGUUGGAUUCCUUGCGGGGCUGGUCUGGCAUUGGGGCUUGAGGCUCCCUUCGCUGGUUGAGCGCGUGAAGCACGGUCGUGGAUCGAUCAGACUCAGGCAUGAAGGUGAUGAGCGAGGGCAGACUCUCCUAGGCGUCAAUCAUGAUGGGCCGGAGGGGCGGACUGUCUAG